AAUCAGAAAAGAGAGAGUCGAGUAGGCGUGAGGCCGUCUUUCCUGUGUUUUAUUCGCAGAUAAUCGCUCUGCUGGAUUGUAAAAGGUUUUGGGGGCAAAAAAAUAGCAAUCGAAUAAAAGAGAAGAGACGACGGAAAAAAAACACGACAUAAGAAAAACACAAGAGAGGCCCAUCCAUUGCAGCCAUGGCCUCGGAUAACCCUAGCGCACAAAAUCCUAGCUGCAAGAUUCUAACCUUCCGGCCAACAAUGGAAGAGUUUAAAGACUUCAAGAAGUAUAUGGCCUACAUAGAGUCACAAGGUGCACAUCGAGCUGGCCUGGCUAAGGUAAUUCCACCACCAGAGUGGAAGCCACGCAAGACAUACGACUCGAUAGAUGAGAUGGUAAUUCCUGCUCCUAUCACACAGGUUGUCACUGGGCAGUCUGGCCUGUUCACACAAUACAACAUUCAGAGGAAGCCCAUGACGGUGGGCGAGUACCGUAAACUUGCCAACAGCGAAAAGUACUGUACUCCUCGGCACCAAGACUUUGAUGACCUGGAGCGCAAAUACUGGAAGAACUUGACUUUUGUUUCGCCGAUUUAUGGGGCGGAUAUCAGCGGAUCUCUCUAUGACAAAGGAAUUGAUGAGUGGAAUAUUGGCAAUCUGGAUACUCUGUUGGACAUGGUGGAGCAGGAGUGUGGCAUCGUCAUUGAAGGAGUCAACACCCCAUAUUUGUAUUUUGGAAUGUGGAAGACGACAUUUGCCUGGCACACAGAGGACAUGGACUUGUACAGCAUUAACUACCUGCACUUCGGAGAGCCCAAGUCCUGGUACACUGUGCCACCCGAACAUGGCAAGAGGCUGGAGCGCUUGGCCAAAGGUUUUUUCCCCGGCAGUUCUCAAGGCUGUGAUGCUUUUCUAAGGCAUAAAAUGACCCUGAUUUCACCCUCCAUUCUGAAGAAAUACAGCAUCCCCUUCGACAGGAUCACACAGGAGGCAGGAGAGUUCAUGAUCACCUUUCCAUACGGGUACCAUGCAGGCUUCAACCAUGGUUUCAAUUGCGCCGAGUCCACUAACUUUGCCACACUUCGCUGGAUUGACUAUGGCAAGAUGGCAACACAGUGCACCUGCCGAAACGACAUGGUGAAAAUCUCCAUGGAUGUGUUUGUCCGCUUUCUGCAACCCGAGCGAUAUGAGCAGUGGAAACAAGGCAAAGACGUGACUGUGCUCGACCACCUGAAGCCCACCUGUCUGACCAGCAAAGAACUGGAGGAGUGGCGGGAAAGGCGGGCUCAGAUCAAAGCCAAGAUGCUGCGCCGAGCAAAUCGUAAAAGAAAUCGCGCCCGCAAGCAGAAAGCAGAGGCGGCCAAAGCCGCUGCUGAAGAGGGAGCAACAGGGGAGACGGAUGCUAAAGCGGAAGAGAAGAACAAAGGUGCUGAAAGCCAAGAAGAUCUGAAACCUGAUGUGGCCUACGGUAAGCCAGAGGAAGAAAAAAAGAAAAAAAAGAAAAAGAAAAACGUCCAACCGCAAGAAACACCAGUGGGCACCGAUAUCACCGCAGCAGCAGAAAGCCACAAGACUGACCCAGCUUCUCAGGAAACUGCAGAAUCCGUCAACGUCGCCACGUCCACCAAGACAGAGUUCUACCAGGACGAGGAAGAAGGAGAUGACUCAUCUGAAUUCAAACCCCGUCCUAUCAUCCCCAUGUUGUAUGUGGUGCCAAACAACAAGAAGGUGAUCUUCGACAAAGCAAAAAUGUCCUGCCAGGAGGCAUUUGAGCGGUUUGCCAAGCGGAAAGCGUCACAAGCAGAACUUGUCACAUUCAAAGAGCCAGGAAAAGCCACCGCAAAGGAGGAAGAAGAGAUUAGUGACACAGAGCCGCUUGGGGAAGAAAUGCAGUCCUCUCCCCCCUACACAAAAAUGAAGGUGAAGAAAAGCCGUCGCCAUCCAUUCAGUAAGCCACCCAUGCGCUCACCGCUGUCAGUGGUCAAACAGGAGACCUCAAGUGACGAGGAGUGGUUUUCUUCUUAUGCUGGCGAUGAAGAUCUCAGUGACCCUCAGGCAGUGAAGACAGUACUCUCCCACCUUUGGCAGAACAAGUCUCACAACUUCCUAGCAGAGCGGCGAUUCAACGCAGCUGUGGCCCUGAUUGAGCCUUACUGUGCCAUCUGCACGCUUUUUUACCCAUACGUGCAGAAAUCGAGACUCAUCAGACCAGGCAACGUUUUUCCAGUCUUCAACUGUCCAAUUUUGCAGCCAGACAAGGACCUCUCCUUGUCUGUGGACACUUUGACCAUCCCAGCAUCCAAGUGUGGCUCCAGAACCAAGCCACUGAUCCCGGAAAUGUGCUUCACAUCAGGGUUAGAAAACACAGAGCCCCUACCAUCUAACUCCUACCUCGGGGAAGACGGAACCAGCGUCCUCAUCUGCUGUUCCAAAUGUUGUCUGCAGGUUCAUGCCAGUUGUUAUGGAAUCAGACCCGACCUCGUCAAGGAAGGCUGGACCUGCUCUCGGUGCACGGCCAAUGCCUGGACUGUGGACUGCUGCCUGUGUAACCUGAGAGGUGGAGCGCUGCAGAUUACAACCGACAAAAGGUGGGUACAUGUCAUAUGUGCCAUCGCUGUGCCAGAAGCCCGAUUUGUGAACAUCCUAGAAAGGAACCCGGUGGACAUCAGUGGCAUCCCAGAGCAGAGGAAGAAUCUGAAGUGCGUCUACUGCCACAAAUAUACAAAGAUGGUGUCCGGUGCUUGCAUCCAGUGCUCCUUUGAGCACUGCUCCACCUCUUUCCAUGUCACCUGUGCCCACACUGCUGGAGUCCUCAUGGAGCCGGAUGACUGGCCCUACGUGGUGUCCAUUAUGUGUCACAAGCACAAGACCUCUUCUCAGAACUCAAGUCCGAUGGUGAAGGAGAUCUCCUUGGGGCAGGUUGUCAUCGCCAAGAACCGCAAUGGUCUCUACUACAAGUGCCGAGUGAUUGGGAAAGCAAUGCAGACCUUCUACGAGGUCAACUUUGAAGAUGGCUCCUACAGUGACAACCUCUAUCCUGAGAACGUCAUAAGCCGGGAUUGCCUUCAGUAUGGCCCACCAGCAGAGGGUGAGGUUAUUCAAGUGAAGUGGACAGAUGGCAGUGUCAUCAGUGCCAAGUUUCUAACAGCCCACAUAAGCAGUAUCUACCAGGUGGAGUUUGAAGACGGAUCCCAGCUGACAGUGAAACGCAGCGAAGUUCACACUCUCGAUGAGGAGCUGCCCAAGAAAGUGAAAUCACGCCUGUCGCUGACGACAGGAGCCCCACAGGAGACCAGUUUCUCCGGCGAUGAAGGCAAGGCUCCCAAGCGGCUCCGUGGCACCCAUGCAGCCCCUCCAACCUCAAUGGAAGACGUCACCCAGAGCGCCGAGUACCUGGCCUUUAUGGAGUCCCUGCUUCACUCCCAGUACCAGCAGCAGUCGCUGCCCACCGACAGCCAGAGCAUGUUCUGAAGGUCGACUUGUGGGGGUCUGUGUAGCUGAAUGAACAUUUUAUGUCUUUUGUUCGUUUAUGGUUCCCCUUUCUCUCUCUCUCUCUCUCUCUCUGUCUUUCUCUCUCUGUUUCUCUGAACAAAAUGGACAAGGCACUUCAUCAAGAGAUCCCCUGAC